AUGUCAACUCCCUCAUCGAGUGUAGCGAGUGCGCAGCAGCGUAUUCUCGCGAGUCUUUCACUCUCUGGCGAGGAAGCGGUGCCAUUCGCUUCACUGCAGCGAGAUCUCGCACUCGACCAACGCCUGGCUGCAGAUGCACUGCGGGGACUGAUGGAAACAGGCAAAGUUGUACUGCGGCGCAGCACCAAUGCCAAUGGUAGCAAUAGCGUAUAUGUGGCGCUUGCGAAUAGUAUGCCGGAGGGUCCCUCGUUGGUGUUGGACGCCAUUCGUGCGAGUGGAAACAGUGGUAUUGAUCAGCCCACACUAUGUAGUAAGAUACGCCUUCCUAAAACUGAGAUUAUUAAAGCAUUGCAAAUGCUAGUAGCACAGAAACGGAUUAAAGAGAGACGAUGUCUUUCCAAUCGUGCAAAACGUAUUUAUUUAUUGUUUGAAUUUGAACCAAGUGAUGAAGUAACGGGUGGAUCAUUUUACGGUGGUGGGGAUUCUCGCGAAAUGGAUGUGUGGUUUGUGGAUGAAAUGCGCAGACGUGCGGUCGCACUGGUAGCACAGCUUCACUCCGUCUCACUAGAGCAAAUCACACAACACCUACAGGAAUCCCACGGCAACAGCGGGAUGGGAGAUAUUCCAUCUAGUGCCUCAACUGGUCAUUUAAAUACAAAUCAUCCCAAUACUAAUAUUAAUAAUACUGCUGCUGCUGCUGGUGGUGGAGGAGGAGGAGGAGGUGCGGUGGUUAUUACGGCACUUCCCAAUGGCUCCACUAUCACCUCCGCAAGUGGUAGUAAGAGCUGCAACAAGCGUAUCUCCCAGCGGGAUGCACAGAUAUUAGUGCAGACAUUAGUGCUGGACGGCAUUCUGGACUGCGUCUCGCCCUCUCCCGGCGCCCCGGGCGAAUAUCAACUGGCAACGGGGAGAAAUGUCCUUCGACACUUCACCGCCACCACAGCCGGCGUGGGCAGUAGAACCUCAACAGGAGCAACGGCCGCAACCACAACCGGCACAACCACCACAGCGGCAUCCACCACCACAGCAGGAAUGGGAACAAGAAUAAUGGAUGAUGGACGUGAUGCACAUAUGGAUUUUAUUUCUAAUGGAAUAUGGUCUCCUGCGCCUGUUUCGCAAGCGAGUGCGUGGGCAAUGCCUGCAGUGGGACUGCCGUGUUUGGGGUGUGCACAGUUGCCGGUGUGCUCUGCAAAUGGCAUUGGUGUCUUGAACCCCCGCAACUGCGCCUAUCUUAACGAAUGGUUGAGUUGA